AUGUUUUUGUACUUAGCUAUUCUUACUGUUUUGGUCGCUAGUGGACGAGGACACGAGAAUUCUGCCGUAGAAAAAUUAAUUGGGGGCACAAUAGCAGCUGAGGGUGAAUUUCCAUAUCUCGUUUCUCUCAGGGUGAUAAGUAGUAAGAAUGUACUGGAACAUUUUUGUGGGGGGGCCAUUUUGUCACAGAUUUGGGUGCUGACGGCAGCGCACUGUACAACUAGCUAUAAGAUGGAAAAACUCGUGGUUGUUGUCGGAACGAAUCAACUCUGGAGCGAUGGCCUCCAUUACCGAGUAUCUAAAAUCAUCAGGCAUGAGAAUUAUGACCCCGAUAGAAUACAAAAUGAUGUAGCGCUGCUGAAAUUGAACCAGCCCAUCAAGAAUGUCAGAAAAGUUGCUAGUAUACCCCUGACCACUGAGUACACGCCGGCUGGAGUCGAUUUAGUGGUAGCAGGAUGGGGAAAUAACAACACGAAAGGCAACAACAAAAGACAAAAUACCCAAUUAAAAAAAGUGACAGUCAAAUCUAUUAACAAUGACGAGUGCAAAAGGGACCUGGGAAAAAUGACCUAUAAAACUCCAGUUACUAAAAAGAAUAUAUGCACAUUCAAAGCUGACAGUCAAGCAACUUGUUAUGGCGACUCCGGGGGCCCGCUAGUUGGCAAAGGGAAACUGGUAGGGAUAACUUCGUGGGCAAACACAUGUGGUCGGGGAAAACCAGAUGUGUUCGCGCGAGUUUCCGAAUUUGCGGAAUGGAUACAGAAGAAAAUGAAACAAUGA